AUGAAUGCUGCUAAUCGUACCUACACAAUGACUCAGACAACAACGAAUGAACUAAUAUCUAUUUUACAAUCGUCUUAUUUAGAUUCUACUCUAAUGAAUGAUUCAGUUGUUGAGCGUUUAUCAUCAAAUUCAUCAACACUUACUAAUUCUACACAAAUAUUACUAUUAGCUUUAGAUCAACUAGGUAUUGUUUUUUCAUGGAAUACUGGUGAUUGUACAAUACCCACAUCUGUUGCUUCACAAAUAUCAUUAGCUAUUAAUGUUAUUAAUCCAAUAUGUUUCGUUAAAGAAUGGACAGAUAUAACAUUGAUGCCUACAAAUAUGUUACAAUUAACAUUGACAACUGAAGAAUUAGUUAGUGCAGCACAAACAUUAAUGCAACAAUAUAAUUUGCAUUAUUUUAGCAUGAUUAGUGAUUCAAAUGAAUUGUUUUAUUCAUAUUUAGCUCAACAAUUUACAGUUGGACUAAUGUCAACUGCUCUGUAUACAUUAGACAAAUAUUUAAAUGUAUCAGAUAUACUCAAUUAUUCGAUGACACAAUUGACACAAUUAAAAAGUCGAGUUUUAUUUGUUAUUUGUUCCUAUUCUGAUGAACAACGUCUCUAUUCUUUUAUUGUACAAAAUUCUAUAUCCGGUGUGACCUAUAUUUUUUUACGUUGGUCACAAUUUCAUUCAUCAUAUUAUACUUCAUCAUUUUCAUUAAAUUUUAUUGAAAAUAAUAAUCUAUCGCCAACUUAUCUUAGGUCAUUAAAUUCGACAUCAUUUUCUAUUUUACAUUUAUUACCAAUGGAUAUUGGAAAUACAUAUUCACAAUUACUAACAAAUUUAAACCAAAUAUUAUUGUUAAAUCAAACAAGUUUUGCAUCUGUUGAUAGUAUAGUGUAUAUAUUACAUGAAUUAGAAGGUGUACUAUAUUUAAAUCAACAAGGUUCUGGUCAAUCAUCCGCAACAACAGAUCUUGGAAAUAUUUCAUUAUCAAAUCGUAUUCGUCUAUUUAAUUAUUAUCUUGUUGGUAUUAAUUGUAAUGGUACAUGGACACCAUUUAAAAUGAUUUCAAAUAAUUUAACAUGGAUUAGUCUCGAUGGUAAUAUAUGCACCAAAAUGGUAUGGCCUGGCGUUGAUUCAUCGACAACUGUAACAGAUCAAAGUGGUUGGAAUAUAUUAAGAAUUGUACUAUUUUCAUUGUUGGGAGUUGUUGUAGCAUGUGUUAUUGCAUUGAUAACAGUACUUGUUAUUAGAAGUCAACUUGCACGAAAACAAAUGAGUAGAGGUCCAAAUAAAAUUAUAUUAUUACCCGAUGAUCUAAUAUUUGUUAUGCCAAAAGGAUCAAUUUUUACAAGCAGAAUAAAUCUUAAAGCUGAAGCACAUGAACGAAGUAAUAUUUCAAUUCGAAGUGAAGAAAUACAAUCGGGAAAUACGGCACGAUACAAUGGCGAUCUUGUUGAAGUUAAAAAAUUAAAUAUUGGACCACUUUCUCUUCGAACAAAAACGAUGAAAGAAUUACGCAUGCUAAAAGAUCUUCGACAUGAGAAUGUAAACACAUUUAUUGGUAUUUUUAUUGACCAGCAAAUGCCCGCAUUAAUAUACGAAUAUGGACAUCGUGGAAGUUUAGAAGAUAUAUUAAAAAAAGAAGAAAUUAAACUUGAUUGGAAUUUUAAAUGGUCAAUGUUAAAUGAUCUUGUUCGAGGUAUGCGAUAUUUAUCUCAUUCACCAAUUAAAUGUCAUGGAAAUUUAAAAUCACGAAAUUGUGUUGUUGAUUCAAGAUGGGUACUGAAAGUAACCGAUUAUAGAAUGAACGAAAUUUAUGUACUACAAAAUUCUCCUCGAAUUGUUGAUAUGUCAGAUUUAUUAUGGAGUGCUCCUGAACAUGUUCGGACAGCCAUAAUUAAAGGUGAUAUUGCAACGGUGACAACAAGCUCAAUAGCCGGUGAUGUGUACAGUUUUGGUAUUAUAAUGCAAGAAGUGAUACUUAGAGGCGCACCAUUUUGUAUGCUGGAUUUAACAGCAACAGAAAUAAUUGCAAAAAUUCGUAAACCACCACCUUUAUUACGUCCAUCUGUCUCCAAACAAACUGCGCCACCAGAAUAUAUCAAUAGUAUGAAACAAUGCUGGGCUGAACAACCGGAAACACGACCAACGUUUGCCGAUUUAGCUCAAUCAAUUAAAUCUUUGAAUGGUGGAAAAAAAGUUAAUAUUGUCGAUACAAUGUUUAAAAUGCUUGAACAAUAUUCAAAUAAUCUUGAAGAACUUAUUCGAGAACGUACAACCCAAUUGGAAGAAGAAAAGAAGAAAACAGAUAAGUUGUUAUCACAAAUGCUACCACCAACGGUUGCUGAAAGUUUGAAGUCGGGUACAACUGUUGAAGCUGAAUGGUUUGAAAUGGUAACAAUAUAUUUUUCGGAUAUUGUCGGAUUUACUACCAUCUCAGCAUUAAGUGGCCCAAUGGAAGUUGUUGAUCUUCUAAAUGAUUUGUAUACAAUGUUUGAUUCAAUAUUAGAAGAUUUUGAUUGUUAUAAAGUUGAAACAAUUGGUGAUGCGUACAUGGUUGUAAGUGGUUUACCAAUUCGAAAUGGUAUUAGACACGCAUCAGAAAUAGCUACAAUGGCAUUGACUUUACUACAUCAUUGUGGAAAAUUUAAAAUUAGACAUAUGCCUGGUGUACCAUUACGUCUAAGAAUUGGAUUGCAUUCUGGUGCAUGUGUUGCGGGUGUGGUAGGUUUAAAAAUGCCCCGUUAUUGUUUAUUUGGCGACACUGUCAAUACAGCUAGUAGAAUGGAAUCAACAAGCAUGGCAUUUCGCGUACACAUGAGUGAAACAACAGCAGGCUUACUAGAAGAGAUUGGUGGUUUUAAAUUAGAAUUUCGUGGCAUUACGGAAAUUAAAGGAAGAGGAAAUUAUAAAACAUACUGGCUUCAAGGACAAGAAGGUUUUGACAAGGAACUUCCUGAGGCAGUUAUAUCGGAAGAUAAUCACGGUCUCGACAAAGAACUCGUCAAAUUGGUUGAGAAACAGGCAAAAGAACUUGAUGAAGUUCAACUACUGAAAAAAAGCGAAAUGGUAUCUAAGCAAACUAAAAACAAUAACGUUGAAGUACACGUAAAAAGUAUAUCAGAAGUACGACCUACCGAUAUCACUGAAACGCAAACAAAAAUCACCGUGGCCGAAGCAACAAAAUCUCGAACAGAUCGUAUAGACACAGUAGCUUCGGGUAAUACCGAUACAAAUUCCCCGGCAAAAACAGCUGAUUUAUUGCGUUUCACUCCACCACCCACCACACCGUCGACUCGUCCCCCACCACCCACCACACCACCUGCUCUUCCUCCACCGCCGUCUUCCGUCCAGCAACACCGUGUUAAAUUUAUGCAGCAACAAACAGUAUCAUCGUCGUCCAAUACUAAUCAUACUAGUGGAAAAUUACAAAAUGGAAAUGGGUCCAUAUUGAACCGAAGAGUAUCAAAAGCAAAAUGGUGA